AUGCAGAAUCAGGAUUCAUGUGCCAAGGCUGCUCACGCUGCCACCGAGAGGAGAGGGACACGGUUUGUGAGGGAGAAGAACAAAUACCCAGGGUCAAACCAGGUGGAUGAAGAAGGAAGAAGAAGGAAGAAGAAAGAAAAGGGAAGAAGAGGAAAGACGAAGAAGGAAGAGGAGGAGGAAGAAGAAGAAGGGGAAGAAGGAGAAGAAGAGGAAGAAGGGGAAGAAGAGGAAAAGGGGAAGAAGAGGAAGAAGAGGAAGAAGAGCAAGAAGGGGAAGAAGAGGAAAAAGGGGAAGAAGAGGAAGAAGAGCAAGAAGAGGAAAAAGGGGAAGAAGAGGAAGAAGAGGAAGAAGGGGAAGAAGAGGAAGAAGGGGAAGAAGAGGAAAAAGGGAAAGAAGAGGAAGAACAGGAAGAAGAGGAAGAAGGGGAAGAAGAGGAAGAAGGGGAAGAACAGGAAGAUGAGGAAGAAGAGGAAGAAGGGGAAGAAGGGAAAGAAGAGGAAGAAGGGGAAGAAGAGGAAGAAGUAA